UACCCGCUCACAUUAUCCACUCCCUUCUCUACCAGACAUGAACUCAAUCUCCACUCUCUCUAAUGGCCAUUCUUCACUUGUCUCUCUCUCCACGCCCCUUAAAACCUCCCCAAAACCCAAACCCCACCACCCCAAAACCCAGAAUCCUCUGCAAUUCCUCCAAGAGAGACUUCAUACUCAACACUGCUUCCCUCUGUGCAUUUUCUUUGUCAGCACACUACCCAGUUGCCAUAGCCUUUGCUGAUACUUCCCCAUCUUCAAAAUCCAUACUGUCUGCCAUAGCAAACACCAAAACUUGGUUUCAGUUCUUUGGUGAUGGGUUCUCCAUCCGGGUUCCACCUGAGUUUGAGGACAUUAUGGAGCCUGAGGAUUUCAAUGCUGGAUUGUCUCUUUAUGGAGAUAAGGCAAAGCCCAGGACAUUUGCAGCUAGGUUUGCAUCUUCGGAUGGAUCAGAAGUUUUGAGCGUUGUAAUUCGGCCUACCAAUCAGCUGAAGAUCACCUUCUUGGAGGCCAAAGAUAUUACUGAUUUAGGUUCCUUGAAGGAGGCAGCAAAAAUCUUUGUCCCAGCUGCGGCAACUUUGUACUCUGCCCGAACAAUAAAAAUAAAGGAAGAUGAUGGUUUCAGGACGUAUUACUUCUAUGAGUUUGGUAGAGAUGAACAGCACCUAGCUGUAGUUGCUGCUGUUAACGGCGGAAAGGCUUUUAUUGCUGGAGCAGCUGCCCCACAGUUUAAGUGGGAUGAUGACGGUGUCAAGCUUCGUUCUGCUGCUAUAUCACUGACACUGUUAUAGUCAUCUUCCAAGAAAAAAUCAUGUAACAGAGUCCAGAUUGUCUUGUAUUCUUUGUAGUAUGCUGCCGUGCUUCUAAUUUGGAAACCAAAUCAUAUUUGUGAUUUGAUGGGUCAUUCUUGAAGCAAACCAAAAUCCCAGAACUCCAUGGUUGUUCUUAUCUGCUAAUGGCAAGUUGUGGGCAGUUCAGAUUUUCCUGACAGCUGCAAAGCAGCUUAGAGCUCAUAGCUAAUGGAGUCUGAAAGAAAAAAAAUUGUUUCAGGCAUUUGUAAAUUCUGAGGGAUUGUAUGAGGGCAUUUCUUGUUCAAUUUGCAUCGAAAUUUUGUGAAUGAAAUACUUUUUUCUGCA